AUGAAGCUCAACAAGCAUCUCUCUAUUCUUGCUGCCACAUGUGCUCUCUUUACAUCAUCGGUGUUGGCAAGACCUGUUACUAUAAGCAAGCGAGCCUCGGCGGAUGAUUGGCGAGAUCGAGCCAUCUACCAAAUCUUGACGGACCGAUUUGCACGUAGUGAUGGAUCCACGGAUGAUUGUACCGAUCUUUCCAAUUAUUGUGGUGGCAAUUUUCAAGGCAUUGUUCAGCAGCUUGAUUACAUUGAAGGCAUGGGUUUCGAUGCCAUAUGGAUUUCACCCAUUCCAACCAAUGCAGAGGGUGGUUACCAUGGCUAUUGGGCUACCGAUUUUUAUUCAUUGAAUGACCAUUUUGGAUCGCAGGACGACCUAAAGGCACUCGUGGAUGCUGCACAUGAACGCGGCAUGUAUGUCAUGUUGGACGUGGUGGCCAAUCACGCUGGUCCUACCAACAAUGGCGAUUAUUCAGGCUACACUUUUGGCUCAUCUGAUUUGUAUCAUCCACAAUGCUCGAUUGAUUACAAUGAUCAAAAUUCCAUUGAGCAAUGCUGGGUGGCGGACAACUUGCCCGAUAUCGAUACCGAGAAUGAUAGUAACAUCAACAAGCUGCAUGACAUUGUGUCCACGUGGAUCUCCACCUAUGGCUUUGACGGCAUUCGCAUUGAUACGGUCAAGCAUGUACGCAAGGACUUUUGGUCUGGUUAUGCUGCUGCUGCAGGUGUAUUUGCAACCGGCGAAGUAUUCGAUGGGAAUCACGCCUAUGUUGGACCUUAUCAAGAACAACUCGAUUCGCUGCACAAUUUCCCAUUGUACUAUGCAUUGAACGAUGUCUUUGCAUCGAAACAAGGAUUCCAACGUUUGAGUGAUCAACGAAACGCCAACAUGAAUGCAUUCAAGGACGUCAGCUUAUUGACAACAUUUGUUGAUAAUCACGAUGUGGUGCGAUUCUUGAAUACGAACAAUGAUCAAGCACUAUUUAAGAAUGCCCUUGCCUAUGUAUUGUUGAGUGAAGGCAUCCCUGUGGUAUACUAUGGCUCCGAGCAAGGUUUUGCUGGUGGUGCUGAUCCUGCCAAUCGUGAAGCUUUGUGGUCUUCUGGUUACGACACGUCAUCCGACUUGUAUCAAUUUAUUGCCACCAUCAACAAUCAUGUGCGACAAAAAAGUGGUAAAAAAGUGUACAUGGAUCUUGAUGUGCAGGACAAUGUCUAUGCUUUUAUGCAUGGUGAUGCGCUUGUUGUGCUCAACAAUUUUGGAUCGGGUGCAUCCAACCAGGUCUCUGUCAACGUAGGUGCACAGGUGGCUGAAAGCACUAGUUUUACAGACGCUAUCAGUGGCACAUCCAUCACUGUAUCCAGUGGAUCGGUCACGUUUACUCUAGAGAAUGGUAAUCCAGCUAUCUUCGUCCCUGCUUAA